AUGCAGGAGACACAGACUGCCAACCAGCAGAACGGACCCGGUGCAGCGACUGCGAACAGAUUCCCUGGCCAUGUCUCCAAGCCAUCCAACAGUGAUACCGGUUUCUCCCACGGUGCAUAUUCUCAGAACCAAUACUCAAUGGGUGGAUAUGGCGACAGGCAUCCGCGAAGAGCCAACAUCCCUUCCAUAAAUACACAGCCCAUGGUUCAGCAGGGUCAGAAUGAUAUGCAAACCCCUGGAACGGGGUUCGACAUGCAAUUCACGCCUUUGCUCCCUUCCCAACUCCUGUUGGGUUCACCUUUCCAGUCUGGAACACCAGCAGCUUUCGCAAGCCCUCAGUUCCAAAAUUAUGCCACGUUCCAGCAACAACAGCAGCAGCAACAGCAGCAACAACAGGGCAUGGGAAGUCCGAUUCAGCAGAUGUCUCCUCAGAUGUACCAGAAUCUCGUAUCACCAUCGACGUAUGGAGCUCCUCAGUUCUACCAGCCUCAGUCACCCACCGGUGGCUUCUCGGCGAUGCAGAACCAGAUGCAGCAAAUGCAAAUUCAACCCUCCUCGCCCGUCCAAAUGUCUCCAGGUUUGGUUUCAGGAACUAGUAGGACCGUUUACCUAGGCAAUAUCCCCCCGGAGACGUCUCCCGAGGAGAUAUUGGGACACGUGAGAAGUGGUCAAAUCGAGUCUGUUCGCCUUUUGCCAGACAAGAACUGUGCUUUCAUUUCAUUUUUGGAUGGGAGCUCUGCCACUCACUUUCACUCGGAUGCAAUUCUGAAGAAGCUUUCGAUUCGCGGGCAGGAUAUCAAGGUUGGAUGGGGAAAACCUUCGCAGGUACCAACGUCGGUUGCCCUGGCUGUUCAGCAGUCGGGCGCUUCAAGGAACGUUUACUUGGGAAAUCUAGACGAGAAUAUUUCAGAGGAUGAGCUUCGUGAGGAUUUAAGCAAGUUUGGUCCAAUUGACACGGUCAAGAUUGUUCGUGAAAAGGCAAUUGGCUUUGUGCAUUUCCUUUCCAUUGGCAACGCCAUCAAGGCUGUGUCUCAGCUUCCACAAGAACCCAAAUGGCAGUCACCUCGUCGUGUUUACUACGGAAAGGACAGAUGCGCGUAUGUCUCCAAGACCCAACAGCAGAACGCUGCUCAAUACCUAGGUAUUGCACCUGGGUAUGCUCAUGUGCUCAACGGCGCUGAUCGCGACCUCAUCUCGAACGCUUUGGCUCAACAAUCGGUGGCUGCUGCCGCUGUUGCUACAACUGCUGGAGGAAUCAACAACCUGGGUAACCGAACAGUUUAUCUAGGAAAUAUUCAUCCCGAAACUACUAUUGAAGAGAUUUGUAAUGUUGUUAGAGGUGGACUUUUACACCACAUUCGAUAUAUACCCGACAAGCAUAUCUGCUUCGUCACAUUUAUUGACCCUACUUCGGCGGCUUCAUUUUAUGCUUUGAGCAAUUUGCAGGGCUUAAUGAUUCACAACAGGAGAUUGAAGAUUGGAUGGGGAAAGCAUUCAGGCGCUCUCCCGGCUGCGAUUGCUCUUGCUGUCAGUGGUGGUGCUUCACGAAAUGUUUACAUUGGGAACCUGGAUGAAUCAUGGAGUGAGGAGAGAUUGAGACAGGACUUUUCUGAGUAUGGUGAAAUCGAGCUAGUCAACACCCUUCGAGAGAAGAGCUGUGCAUUCGUCAACUUCACCAACAUCGCGAAUGCUAUCAAGGCGAUUGAGGCCAUUCGUGGGAAGGAGGAGUACCGACGAUUCAAGGUCAACUUUGGCAAGGAUCGUUGUGGAAACCCACCCCGUCAAGUCCAAGGACAGUCUCAACAAUCUCCCCGCAACGAUGGAGUAAACUCCCCACCACCAAACAGCGGUGGGCUCCAACCUAGCCAGGCAGAUUCAUCCCCAACUGGGUCUGCAGCACCCGGGUCCGCCAAUGGCGCCCAGCAGAACUUUCAGUCCACUCCUACACCAUCCACGAUCCUCAACGCAGGCAACAACAACCCCCUCACCAUGUACUUGAACCAAGUCUCCCAAAAUGCCCAGGCUCAACAACAGCAACAACUCGACCCAUUUUCCGUGGCUCAACUUCAGCAGCAGCAACAACAAGUCCUUGCUGCUCAGCAAGCAGCUCUCUACGGCGGUUCCAACUCUCCAUCUAGCAUAGAUGCCCACGAAAUGCCGCAACAAAACCAGGGGAUGGGCCACCAGCAAAGUGCCAGUAUCAGCGGCAUCAAUGGCUUUCCAAACUCGUCCAGCAACGCCCCUACCAUCGGCGGCUUGCUCGCCCCUGCACGUAGCCAUAAUCGCGCAGUCAGCUUGCCAGUGUUUGCACAACAGCAGCAGAACGGGGCCGUGCAAGGCGAUAACGGGGAGCAGCAACGAGGCCGAGGCCACCAGUACCAGUCCUCGUUCUCAGGAGGUCUAGGAAACGGGAGUGCUUUUGGCAAUGGAUAUGGUUUAGCGAUUCAGGAUGGGAAUGGACUGAAUGGACUGAAUGGAUGGGCAGAGGAGGAGGUGGUUGGAAAUUGA